AUGGCCACCAUUAUUCAUUCUAUUUUCUCCUUCUUUUUCAUCAUCAACAUUAUUUUUCUCUCUUCCUCAUAUUAUGCACUAGGAGGACGCGAUAUCCUGAAAAUCAACGACAAAAUUAUACACCCCGAUACGUUCAUCCCAUACGAUGGCACGGUCCUAAUUCCCGGUAUUGGGAGGGUUGUUGUCCCACCUAUUGGCACUCAUGAUAAUCCAUUUACAUACAAUCCUAUCACCGGCUCUAAUAAUGGCAACGGUUUAGUUAUUCCAAUUCCUGGCUCUGGCACUGGCACUGGCACUGGCACUGGCAUUGGCUCUUACAUUCCUGGUGGUGACGAUACACUUGUUCCCAACCCUGGAGUCGAAGUCCCUAGUGGUGGUACCAUUCCUGUACCACCAUAG